AUGAACGAGCUGGAGAUGUUGUCUAUUCAGCAACAGUUGUCUGAACUGACAUCUUUUGUUCGACAAUUAGCUGUAGGGAAUUCUCAAGAAGUUAAGGUGUGUGGAAUCUGUACAAAUGUAGGGCACUCUACAGAUACAUGUCCAAUGCUGCAAAAAGAUGGGGAGGAACAGGUGAAAAUUGCUGGUGGCGUGCCCGCACCACGCAGACAGUAUGAUCCCUACUCAAAUACAUACAAUCUUGGGUGGAGGGAUCACCCCAAUUUCAGCUACGGUUACAGGCAACAGAAUUCCUUCCCAAAUCGUCCUCUAGGAUUUCAGCAAUCAUACCAACCAAAGUCUCAACCUUCUUUCUCUAGUUCAUCAGACGCAAAUGAGUCAAUUAGCAACUACAGUCAAUCAUUUAGAAGCCCAGGUGGAUGGGAGAUUACUUCACAACCUGAAGUGAAUCCAAAGAACGUAAGUACCAUGACCCUCAAAAGUGGGAAAGAAAUCGAAGGUCCCAAACUAGUGAUUCUCAAGGACAAAAAUGAGGAUCAAAUUGAUAAAGAGUUGGAAGAAGAAGGAAUGGACAAGACGACUCCUGAGAUAAUCUCUGAUUCGGUGAUUAAAGCUAGGGCCAAUCCAUCACCUUUUCCUAGUAGGCUGGAGAAGCCAAGGAAGCAAGAGAAUGAAAAAGAAAUAUUAGAGGUAUUUCGAAACAUCCCUUUAUUGGAUGCAAUCAAGCAGGUGCCCAAGUACGCCAAAUUCUUGAAGGACUUGUGCGUUAAUAAAAGAAAGUUGAGGGGAGAUGAACGAGUUGUGAUGGGGAAGAACGUAUCAGCAGUGAUGCAAAAGAAACUACCGCCAAAAUGUGCAAAUCCAGGUAUGUUCUCUAUCUCAUGUAGAAUAGAGAAUACUAAGAUUAGAGAUGCGAUGCUAGAUUUAGGAGCGUCAAUUAAUGUGAUGCCAAAGAACAUUUACACAUAUUUAAAUCUAGGACCACUAAAGGAAACUAGAAUUAUAAUUCAAUUAGCAGAUCGUACUAAUGCCUAUCCUGACAGGCUAAUUAAAGAUGUUCUGGUCAAAGUAAAUGACUUAGUGUUCCCUGCUAAUUUUUAUGUACUUGACAAGUAUGAUGAACACUCCCCUAAUCGAUCACCUCUUAUAUUAAGGAGACCCUUUUUGAGUACUGCUGAAACAAAAAUCGAUGUGAAAAGGGGUACCCUUACAAUGGAAUUUGAUGGGGAGGUGGUUCAUUUUAAUAUAUUUGACGUUAUGAAAUAUCCUCCCGAAUCCCACUCUGUUUUCGCUGCAAGUGUAAUUAAUCCUGUGGUCCAGGAAGUCUUUGAGUUGAAUGGCAGGGAUGAGUUAGAAGUCGCUUUUACCAAGCAUCUUGAGUUGGAAGCAAAUUAUGAUGUGGAGUUAAGUGCAGAGUUGAAGCACACAAUUGAAGCAUUACAAUCACUGGCACCAGUAGUAGAAUUAAAGCCUCUGCCAGAUCAUCUCAGAUAUGCAUACCUUGAUGAAGGGAAGACUCUUCUAGUCAUAAUUUCGGCUAAAUUAUCAGCCGUGCAAGAGGAAAAGUUGAUAAGGGUGCUACAAGAACACAAAGAGGCGAUCGGAUGGUCCAUUGCUGAUAUCAAAGGCAUAAGUCCUUCUUUGUGUAUGCAUCGGAUUAGGUUUGAAGAGGACGCAUAG